AGAAAAAAUGUGGUGAUUCCAAGAUGGCGGACAAAAUGUAAAGGUCUCCGAAAUUCUGGUGUUUUUCGUGCAACUCUGAGUGUAAUAGUUAGCAAGAAGCGCGCUCUAGGCGAGUUGACAGCAAAUUCAUGACGGACUACGAAGAGGAGCAGCGACAUGAGAUCGAGGCCAUUGAAUCCAUCUAUCCUGAAGAGUUUACUAUAAUUUCAGAGUCUGCUCCUCACAGUUUUCAAAUUCAUCUCGAGUCAUCAUGUGAGGACAAAGAAGAUAACACUAUUAUAACAGUUAGUGUACAGCUCCAGUUCACAUUUGUGGAGAAGUACCCAGAUGAAGCGCCUGUGGUGGAGGUGACAUCCUCAGAGGGACUUGAAGAUGAUGAUAUUAACCAGUUGACAGAGCUCCUAGUACAGCAGUCUGAGGAGAAUUUAGGAAUGGUCAUGGUAUUCACAUUGGUGUCCUGUGCUCAAGAAAAGCUUGAGGAAAUCGCCGAAGGCAUAAAGAAACACAGACAGGAAGAAAGGAUUCGCAAACAAAAGGAGGUAGAGGAAGCAGAAAAGAGGAAGUUUACUGGGACACCAGUUUCAAAGGAAUCCUUUGCAGCAUGGAAAAUGAAGUUUGAUUUAGAAAUGGCCGAGAAGAACAAGGGUAAAACUGUGGUUGUGACAAAAUCAAAAAUUACAGGUCGCAAACUGUUUGAAAUGGACGCAUCUCUUGUAAACUCUGAUUCUGCUUUUCUGGAAGGUGAACCAGCAGAUGUGGAAGUUGACGAAUCACUUUUCCAGGAAAUGGAAGAUCUGGAAUUAGAUGAAGAAUUGAGUUAACCAGUACAUGUAUUUACUUUUUAUAAUAUGAUCUCAAGCAUUAUGAACAUAUCUAAGCUGA